AUGUAUUACCGCAUAGCAAACCGAGAAGUUUCAUAUUACCUUCCAAUAUUUUCAAAAGCACUGGAGUCACAUCACAUUCCGACAUCAAAAAGAGAACCAGGACCACGACGCCAGCCGCCAUCACCAGAAUCAACAGAGAAUGGAGUUACCGGGAGGCUGCGAGUUGAUCACAGAAAAGCUCUCUUGUACGGAAAGGCUAGACCAAUUAAAAGUUACCUGACUAUCGGGAUCCCCACUACCCGGCGACCGCGUGUGGAUUACCUGGAGAAGACGCUAUUUUCUCUAAUCUCCCACUCCCAGGAAUCCCAGCGAAUGUCAAUAGUAGUCGUCAUCUUCAUAGUGGACAGAAAUGAGACCUGGACAAGGAUUAGGGGCAAACGGCUGGCCGACAAAUACCCUGAACUCAUACAGAACGGGUUUUUACAGGUCGUCCAUCCACACGAUAAAAAAAUAUACCCGGAUUUUAAAAAACUCAAAAGGACUUUUAAUGACUCUGCUGAAAGAGUAGCUUGGCGGUCGAAACAGAAUAUCGACUAUGCGUACCUCUUCUCGUAUAGUGAAAACAUAUCGAAAUAUUAUCUCCAUAUUGAAGACGAUGUGCUAGCAGCCAGCAGUUACUAUACCGACAUAGCGAAAUUUAUCGAGUCACGAACGAACAAAUUCUGGUAUUAUCUCGAGUUUUCUCACAUAGGAUUCAUAGGAAAAUUGGUAAGAUCGUCCGACCUUCAGGAUUUGUCGGAUUACAUCAUGCUUUUCUUUGCGGAACAACCCUGCGAUCUUCUACUCCUUCAUAUAAGUAAAAUUAAAUUGCAAUCAAGAAGGAUUUAUAGUCCUAAAUCAGUGUUCCAGCACAUAGGUACCGUGUCAUCUUUACCGGGAAAGGUGCAAAAGAUUACUGAUAAAUAUUUCAAAGACUCGUUCGUUUCCAAUAUGAAGCAAAUUCCUCGAAAACAAUUCUAUCAUGUAAAUCCCUCCGCAACUAUUGAGACUGAUAUGCGGAUGUUUUCUAAACACAAACCGUUAUUUGCGUACGAUUUGUCGGAUGAUUAUUUCUGGGGAAUUAGUCCUAGUCAAGGAAACUACUUCCGGGUCAAAUUCAAAGCUCCCCAAAACAUCAGUCAUAUAUUUAUAGAUUCUGGCAUUGAAGGAAAAGAAGCCGACAUACUGCACGAAGCCCAACUGUUAGUAUCAACUAUUACACCUGAUCAGAGUUUACAACCCUGUCAAAGUAGGACAAUUGUCGCAAACUUCACAAACGGGGAUGUUGAUACUAGGGGAUCAAACAUUUCACUUCCGGUAAAUAUAGACUGUGUUAUUAUUGAAAUUACGGCCAGUCAUUCUAGCUGGAUCGUCAUUAGAGAGAUUGCAAUAUUUCUUCCCGGAGAAACAACGGAAUCAAAGAAGAGUUCACUGUCCAGAAAACCCCUAAAGGAAAACACAGUGCAAAGAAAACAGGCAACAACGACAAAAUACCCAUCAGAACAAAAUAUGGUUCCUGGAGAGCUGAAUCAUACAAAAAUAUCUCAUACUGACAUUCUCGUAAAACAUCAAAAUAAAAGUCUUACACAAAUGGAAGACACAUGGAAUAUCACGAUGCCACUAGAAUAG